UCUGGCCUCCUUGACGCGCCAUUCCGACUAUCUCUGUCGUUAGAGUGCUCUUCCUUUUCCCAUUCUCUUCUCAGUGGAGAAAGGAAAGGAAAUUAGAACAAACCCUAGAAUACUAUUGCAGAGAUUUUGAUCGAGAUUUCACUAGGGUUUUGCAGGAGAAGAUGAAGCAGUCGAAGGAUCCUUUCGAGGCCGCAUUCGACGAGCCGGAAUCGCCCCCGGAAUCGCCCAUUGCGCCCGAGUUGGAAACUCCCGUUGCCGACGCCGACGAAGAAAUCAGCGGCCGGCCCCAGACGGCGGUUGCCAAUCCGUCGACAGGUCCUGCUGCUGCAGCUAUUGCUGGGACUGGGAAGACGAAGGAGGAGGAAGAGGAGGAAGAGGAGGAGAACAUGGAUGUCGAGCUCGGCAAGGUACCAUCUGGCGAUCCCGAUAAGAUGGCUAAGAUGCAGGCCAUUUUAUCCGAGUUUACUGAGGACCAGAUGAGUAGGUACGAGUCAUUUCGGAGAUCCGGGUUUCAGAAAGCUAACAUGAAAAAGCUGUUGGCAAGCCUCACAGGAAGUCAAAAGAUAUCAGUACCCAUGACAAUAGUGGUGUCCGGUAUAGCAAAGAUGUUCGUGGGGGAGCUAGUCGAAAUAGGUAAGAUAGUUAUGACAGAGAGGAAGGAAAGUGGGCCAAUCAGGCCUUGCCACAUUCGGGAAGCAUAUAGAAGACUGAAGCUUGAAGGGAAAGUACCAAGGCGAACGGUAUCAAGACUCUUCCGGUAGGCUUUAAUGCAAGCUGAUAUUUCAGCCCGUUGCUCAAGUUUGCAUGGUGACGGACUACCUCAGGUAAAAGGAAUUACUGCUACCACACUGGCGGUCAUUCACCUUCCUACUCAUGCUCAAUUUGCACCAUGUAAGCACCUUCCGUCUUUUGGUUGGCUAUGAUCUGAAGAAUAGGAGCAUAGUCUUUGUUUGGGUGACCAGUUAUAAAUUUGUAAAUAUUAUUUCUGGCUACUGAUGGGGGGAAUAAUCUGGUUUUUGUUUGUUU